UUCAAUUUUUAUCGAUUCAAUAAUAUCCCAAUAUUUUCAUUAAAAUUUUCAUAUUUUUUGGACUAUCAAUAUUUCUAAUACCAUCUGUAUCCAUAUUUUAGAGGAUCCAAAGUGGUACAUUUCGAUUUUGAGCCUAACUUGACUUUUUUCGGAUCUUUUUCGAUUCGGUUCGGCUCGAUUCAUUGGUUGAAAACUUGAAAUGCCCACCCUCAGCAGUGAAGCUUCAAAAUUGCCGGGAAGCCAAACGGAUCCCUAAAACCCUAGCCUCCCUCCACAGUCUGCAUCGCUAAAGCUUCGAAUUUGGUCCAAUCAAAGCUCUAUCUGUUCUCCCGUCUCUCUCUCUCUCUCUCUCUCGCUCUCUCUCAGCUUUCCAAUUUUCGUGAGAAAGAGGCCCUUUUAUGCUUAAACCCUAGUCCCCAUUUCCAUGCUCAAUCACAUCCAUAAAUGGAAGCCCAUACAUAUAUUACAAAAAUCUCGAAUUCUCGCUCCCCUCUCUUCCCUCAUCUUCACUCAACCCUCAGUGUCUGCAGCAAAGCUCGAUGAGGAGCCCACCGUCGUCCCAAACCCUAGAAACGCAGUCUCCGAAGUCAUUGCCGGCUUGAGAAUGUUUGGUUUGGGAAAUUGUGUAGGUGAUCAUCGUUUCAAAACCAUUAUCCCGACUUUGAAUCAGCCUCAGGUGGAUUUGAUUAUUGAAAGCUUGAGCACUGAGAACCCGGAGUCGGCUUUCGGUUUCUUCAACCUUUUGAGGAAUGAGUAUGCGUUUCGGCAUUCCAGGGUUUCAAAGUUUAUUGUUGCUCAUGUAUUAGCGGGGAGAAGGCUGUUUAAAGAACUGCGUUUGUUUGUGAAGCAAAUGGUGGAUGAGGAAGGGCCCAGUUCGGCACAUUCACUUUGUGAGCUGCUCUUACAUAGAUUCAGGGACUGGGACUCGAGUGGUGUGGUGUGGGAUAUGUUGGCGUUUGCUUAUUCAAGAUCUGAGAUGAUUCAUGAUGCUCUGUCUGUUCUUGCUAGGAUGAAAGAUCUGAAUUUGAACGUUUCAGCACCAACCUAUAACUGCCUGUUGCAUAACUUAAGACAUACAGAUAUCAUGUGGAGUGUUUAUGAUGAAAUUAAAGAUAGUGGAACUCAUCAGAGUGACCACACUAUUGCCAUACUUAUAGAUGGACUAUGUGAGCAAUCCGGCCUACAAGAUGCAGUUUCGUUCCUCAUGGGUGUGGAAAGGGGGGACAGUGGGCCUUCAGUUGUUUCAUUCAAUACCAUCAUGUCUAGGUUUUGUAAAUUGGGUUUUGUGGAUAUUGCGAAGUCAUUUUUUUGUAUGAUGUUCAAGUGUGGCCUACUUCCAGAUUCAUACAGUUAUAAUAUUCUUAUUCAUGGGCUGUGUAUAGCUGGUUCAUUGGAAGAAGCAUUGGAGUUCACUAAAGACAUGGAGAGGCAUGGGGUACAGCCUGACACAGUCACCUACAACAUUCUUUGUAAGGGGUUUCAUCUACUUGGUUUGAUGACUGGAGCACAUGAGGUCAUUCAGAAGAUGUUGAUUAAAGGGUUGAAUCCGGAUCAUGUGACAUAUACAAUUUUGAUAUGUGGGCACUGCCAUGCUGGCAAUAUUGAAGAAGCCCUUAAGUUCAGGAAAGAGAUGCUUUCAAGGGGUUUUCAGUUGAGUGUCAUUGUAUACAGUGUACUUCUCAGCAGUUUGUGUAAAAGUGGACGAGUAGAAGAAGCAUUGCGAUUGCUGUAUGAGAUGGAAGCUGUUGGCUUGGAACCAGAUCUUAUAACAUACUCUAUCCUCAUUCAUGGCCUAUGCAAGCAAGGAGAUGUUCAGAGGGCAAGUGAACUAUAUAGAGAAAUGUACAUGAAGAGAAUCAUUCCCAAUUACUUUGCACACCGUUCUAUUCUGUUAGGUCUGCGUGAGAAAGGGGAUAUAUCGGAGGCAAGGAAGUAUUUUGACAAUCUACUAACAAGGGAUGUGACAGAGGAUAUUGUGCUGUAUAAUAUUAUGAUGGAUGGAUAUGUAAAAUUAGGUAACAUUGUAGAAUCCACACGAUUAUAUAAACAAAUAAUUGAAAAGGGAAUAAAUCCUAGUAUUGUCACUUUCAAUACUCUUAUUUAUGGUUUCUGCAAAACUGGGAAACUGGCUGAGGCUCAUAAGAUGUUGGACACCAUCAAGCUGCAUGGCUUGCUCCCAAGUCCAUUUACUUAUACUACUCUUAUGAAUGCGAACAUUGAACGAGGAAACAUCCAUGGAAUGCUUAAGUUGCUUCAGGAGAUGGAAGCAAAUGCUGUACAGCCAACUCAUGUAUCUUACACAGUAGUAAUUAAAGCACUUUUCAAACUGGGGAAGCUGCAGGAGGCUGUUCACUUAGUUGAGGAUAUGUAUGCUAAGGGCCUAACUCCAGACCAGAUCACGUAUAAUACUCUGAUCAAAUGUUUCUGCAGAGCUCGAGACUUCUUGAAAGCUUUUCAGUUGCAUAAUGAGAUGUUGGUUCAUAAUCUUGAGCCUACUCCUGUUACAUAUAAUGUUCUCAUCAAUGGUCUUUGUGUAUAUGGCGACCUAAUGGAUGCUGACAGGCUACUGGUUUCUCUUUGCGACUGCAAUAUCAAUUUGACAAAAGUUGCUUAUACCACAUUGAUCAAAGCACAUUGUGCAAAGGGUGAUGUACAUAGGGCAGUGGGGCUCUUCCAUCAAAUGGUGAAGAAAGGAUUUGAAAUCUCCAUUCAGGAUUAUAGUGCUGUUAUUAAUAGAUUGUGCAAAAGGUGUCUAAUAACUGAUGCAAAAUAUUUUUUCUGUAUGAUGCUGUCCAAUGGGAUUUGUCCUGAUCAAGAACUGUGUGGGGUGAUGCUGAAUACUUUUCGCCAUGUUGGUGAUCUCAAUUCAGUAGCUGAGCUUCUAGCUGAGAUGUUCAAACUUGGCUUUCUUCGUGAGUAAUCCAUGGGGAAGUGAAUAUCUUUUGGCAUCUGACCAUGGGGAAAACUUGUUCACUGGCUCAGUAGAAAAAUUCAGUUCAUGAGAUGACGGGUAUGAAUUCUCAGAGCCGGCCCAGAUCCAGGGUUUUGUGAAGAAUUACUUGCAGUUUGUUUCCUUCCCCAUCUAUAUAUGGCAAGAAAAAUCAAGGACUGUUGAGGUGAGGACUUCAUUUUCUGCCCUGUCAAACCCUUUCCCUCUAUAUGGCAAGUUUUGAAGGGAUUCGUAGAAUUGGUAUCUCCAUAUGUGGAAUCCAAAGGAAGUUGAAAAGAUGAGUACCAUGAAUUUUACAAGAAAACUUUCAGUGAGUUCUUGGAUCCAGUUGCAUCCACUCACUUCACUACUGAGGUACUGGAAUGUGUGAGGUGGAGUUCAGCAGUGUUCUUUAUAUUCCUGGAAUGGGUCUCUUAACAAUGAGGAUGUAGUGAAUGCAAGAACAAAGAAUAUACAUUUUUUCCUUGAUACCUGAGCUUUUUUUUAAGGGUGUGGUGGAUUCGAAUGAUCUUCCUCUUAACGUUUCUCAAGAGGUUAUUCAAGAAAGUCGAAUUGUAAGGAUUAUGAGAAAGAGACUCAUACGGAAAACAUUUGACAUGAUUCAAGAGGUCUCUGAGAGUGAAAAUAAGAGGGUGGUAGCAGCAAUUAAGCUUGUGUUUUCUUCUUUGAUUCCACUUGAAAGGCUGAAAAUUGUUAUUACCUUGUAAAAUGGUAUUACUUGAUCCCUGGAUUACAAGAAAUUAUUGGAGAACUUUGGCAUGUUUCUAAAGUUGGGACGCAUCGAGGACUCUGGAAAUCAGAAGAGCAUAACACCUUUGUUGCGGUUCUUCAAAAAGUGAGGAAGAACUGAUAAGCUUAGAUGAUUAUGUCGAGACCAUGGCUGAGAACCAUUAGGCAAUCUAUCACUUGGCAGCAGAGAGUCUGAAAAAUGCGAAAAGUGCUUCAUUCUUGGAAAAAUUGGUUCAGAAAGAUGUUGAGGUAUCUUGUUACGAUCCCUUGCUGCUGGGCCUUAGGAUCUCUUGCUAUUGGCCUAUUGAUAGUAGCCCAUAGACACGUGUAACGAUCUCCUUAGAUGUUCCUUCUCACUCUGAUUGUAUUCUAGUCUCGUGCCUUCGGCCAUUUUGGAUAUGAACGAAGAAUUGUGUCUUUUAGUUC